GCAGGCCACAAGCCAUUCUUGAAAUUCUUUUACACAGUUUAGUUGUUUUGGAGCUGAGGAUCGCAUUUCAGCAGGCCACAAGCCACAGUACUUUAGUCUGAGGAUGGAUCCCUUUGAUGUUGAGCAUCCGCCCCAGCCUGUUGUGCUACCUGACUAUCUGUUACCUGUAACGGAGCUCCCCGCCUACACUGCUGUGACUGAUUUGCGAGAGUUUACAGAUAUCACUGAGAAGCCUCUUAAAGACGGUAAAGUAACUCUAAUGGAAUUUGGAGAUAAUUUCUUCAUCCUGAAGACAGUAGGAUUCCAAACCAUAGCGAAUCCACUUGCGGAUGAAGAAUAUGAAAUUCAGCGGCACUUACGUUUUCACAGUCACUUGAACAUAAUUCAACCGAUUCUUAUACAAGUGGAGGCAGCUAGAUCCAUCACGAAGAUAGUGUAUCCCUAUGCACCGGAAGGUUCAUUGUUUGGGGUGCAAAUCCCAAACGAGGGGACUUUGGCCAUUUUGGCUGAGCAACUUUUGAGGGCUGUGAGGCAUCUACAUGCCCAAGGUAUCCUGCAUCUCUCUAUUCAGCCUAGGCACCUACUAGUCUACCGUACUGGUAGACUCGUAGUGACUGGUUUGGGGGUGGGAAGGUUGGUGCGCACAGCUAUGAGGCCAGUCAGUCCGCAACACAUAUUGGUUAAAGCACGUGUUAGAUAUGGAGGUGCACCUUUUAAUAUCGGAGCAAGGUACUUAGCGCCGGAGUACAUUCGUGCCGCCAUUGAGAGAAGGGAUGUUUAUGCCAAUGCUGAUGAAAAUGCUCCUGCUGCUGAUAUGUGGGCAGUGGGCAUAACACUCUGGGAAUUGUUCGUGGGCAAUUAUCCAUUCGACGGAGUUGAUUUUAGUAAUCCCGACCUCCCUACGAUUUACAAUGCAAUAGUAGCCGCAGCUGUACCAGAUUUCCUCACCCGGGCAUCGCGGGAAUUCCGCCAGUUCCUACAGUGUUGUCUGCAGAUACGUCCGGCGGAGAGAAGAACCGCAAAUCAAUUACUAAGGCAUCCAUUUAUUACUGGGAUAUUUGGGAGGCCUGUACGGCGGCGGUAAACUUUUCAUUUUAUUUCGUUUCAAACUUUCAAUUGCUUUCUGUGAAAUGCUAGAUGGUUGACUCUGUACUGUAGUAGGGAUGUAAACAGUUCUAACCAGAUGUAAUCUGAACAUACAACUCUGAAAUGCCUUCAUCUCGA